GUGACGAACAACAAUUUGGCUAGCGGUAGUGAAGUUAAAUUUUCUUUUUUUGGUUUUCAAUAUGUUACAACAACUUUGGUGUGUGUGCAACAGCAACCACUGGUGUUUAAAGUGAAGAACAAAACAAACAAAAAAUCUAACAAAUUCAAAUUUAAUCCUAACGAUUUUUUAUGGCCAAUAAAAGUUGAUCCUAUAAAAAAUCCAGAAUUUGAAUAAUGUCUGGAAAAUAAGUGAAUUAAUUUUGUGUGCCCAAUAACAAUUUAAAGUUGUGGAAAAAAAAAAGAGAAAUAAUUAAAAAAAAAAAAAACAUUUGCAUAUUUGUCUCGUCGGUCGUGUGUGUGCUGUGCAUUGCGGUUUUUUAUUACAACUUUUGCAGCCAUUUAAAUAAUUCAAUUUGUUGUGGGCAUUACAGAAAUAUAAUUGCUGCCAACAACCAGUUUGCAGUGUUAAUACCGCAAAUAUAAGCUACUACUGAAAUUGAAAUUGUGUAACUCAUUGGAGGAAAUGACUUCAUUUUACAGUUCGAUAGUUCGCAACAUAAUUUAAAUUGUAAUUGAAAGGAGAAAAAAAAAAAGAAUGAUAAGCCACAUGUUGUAAAGUUACAUUUUUAUGUGAAGCGCCAAAAAAAUUACAGCAAAAAAAAAAAAAAAUAAAUAAAUUGUAUGAAAAUCCCAACUGCAUUAACAUAUUGCAUUUUAAACAACAACCAUAUAUAAGGACUCAUUUGAUGCAUUGUAAGGUCUCCUUGAAUCCACAAACUUUUAACAGGAAAUCAUAUUCUACAAAGACAAAAGUUGAAUUUGUGCCUCCUUUUUUUGUGAAAUGCAGUGCAGCGCAAAUAAAAAGCCAUGGGGACAGCAUUAAUUUCACUCAACGCUAAAAAAGAUAUUAGCUCCUUAAUUACGGAAGUCAAACAGACCCAACACAACGUCGAGCAAUUUCAUAGAAUACCAGAAGAAGAAGAAAACCUUUUAAAAGUUUUUCCUACCAUUAGCAUGUUGAGGCUUAAUUAAAGGAGUUAAGUUUUUACGUUUCUUGGUUAUUUUCCCCCGCUUACUCAGCACGAGAGCGAACUUGUGCACUCGCACCAGGAAAAAAAUACAAAACUGCUUUAGCGCUUUUUGUAAUGGAAAAUUAAAUAAAUUUAAGAUAUAAAAGCCUCCUCGUGCCAACUGUAGGAUUUAAAUGGGUGAGUUGUUAUUGUAGUUCAUGCACCUACACCUACUAAUUGGCCACACAACAAUCGCCACCACCACCCCCAACAACUGGCUGUCACUCCAUUUGUCCAACUUACGCAGCUGCAUUUGCAAAGUCAACGAAAACGACAAAAUGGAAAAUGAUGAAAAAUUAUUGCAGGAUGAUUAUGCGGCAGCUACCUCUCCCGCAUCGUCUUCGUCCAUUGCUGCUACGGCUGCCACAGCUGCUGUUCCAACAACUCGCUGUCCCCUGGUGCGAACACCAUCACCUUCAGCAGCCACAAGUCCACAUACACCACCACUGCAACCGCUGGUGCAGACAUUUACCGCACCAUUGCAUCGCAAAAAAGGCCGACUACAACGCUCGGAACGUUUGCAAACUGUCGACAGUUCAUCGAACAACUCGACUGCAACAAAUUCGACCACAACACCAACUUCAUUUUCAGCCUGGGAGGCAUUGGUAAAGGAAAGUUUCGGUCAAAUUGCGUGGCCAAUAAAAAUUACAUCAUGGGAGCUGGUCGAUGAUCGUGUAAAGGUCGUACCCAAUAGUUCAUCGGCCACGGAAUUGAUAUCACGUCGCGGAGUAUUUUCACGACACCAUUACGGUUCAGUUGAUCAGUUACCACAAACAGAUUUGGACGGCAUAGAUCCAAACUUUAAACGAUUUCGGGUUGAAAAUGGAGAAUCUCUUGCUGAAAAAGAUGAGGUAUUCGGCUCGCCCAGCACACCAAUAUUGGAAAAUCCCGAACAUCAAACGCGUUGGUAUUUCAAAUAUUUUUUGGGCAAAUUACAUCAAAACUAUGUUGGCAUCGAUGCUGAGAAAAGUCCAUACUUUUUAUCGGUUGUUUCACAGGACUCUGGCAAUCAAGGAGCUCCCAUGUACCGAGCCAUACUAUUUCGCAAACAGGGUACCCAGAAGAUUGCAUUGCCGUAUCAGGCCAAUCAAAAACUCACUGUUAAACAAAUCCUAACACACUUCAGUGGCAUCGAUGCAUCGACAAUGAAAAAUCCUAAGGAGAUUUUUGCAGCUGACAUUCAAAAGGAUUUGCUGCUGCUUGAAGAGCAAGAAGGCUCAGUUAAUUUCAAAUUUGGCGUUGUAUACAAGAAGCCGGGACAGUGCUGUGAUGAUGAGAUGUUAAGUAAUCAGGAAUCCAGUCCAGACUUUGAAGACUUUUUAGAUGUGUUGGGUGAACGUGUGCGCCUAAAAGGAUGGGAUCGCUUUCGUGGCGGUUUAGAUGUUAAAGGUGAUAUGACUGGUAAAUACUCGGUCUAUACUCUACAUGAAGGUCAUGAAAUAAUGUUUCAUGUUUCAACACUUUUGCCCUUUUCCAAGGAUAACCGACAACAGGUUGAACGAAAACGUCACAUUGGUAACGAUAUUGUGAAUAUUGUAUUCAUAGAUCAAAGCACGGCACCCAACGUUGAUACCGUUUUGCCAACGAUGUUUGAUCCCACAUGGAUAAAAAGCCAAUUUACACAUAUUUUUGCGGUAGUUACGAAACAUGAACAAACCUAUCGUUUGGCCAUAUUUUGUGAUGAGAAUGUGCCACCAUUUGGUCCAACGCUACCAAACCCACCCGAAUUUACAGAUGUGAAUUUAUUUCGUGAAUUUUUACUCGUCAAACUAAUAAAUGCUGAAAAGGCAACCUUCCAAACGCCUAUAUUUUCACAGAAACGCGAGCGUACCUUGGAAAUGCUAAUUAAAGACUUGCACGAAGACUACAUUGGUGACAGUAAAUUGAAUAUGCUAAACAGACGAGCUUUCUCUGAAGUGCUGUAUGACGUGCCAAGAACAUCGAAACUCAAGGAGGACGCUAGACAAAUUGAAUUCGUUCGCAUAGGCCAAGCACUUAAAUUGGAGGCCAUUGUACGUGGUGAUGCCCCCACAAGCAUUGCCUCGGCAAGUCCUUGUACGAUAUUCAAGAAGCCACCUUGGGAGCCGCAUUGUUUCUAUCCGACAUUUCCACACCGGGGUACAUUGGCAGGCGAUUCGUUCGGUAAUGCUGAUGACUCGUUAUUUAUAGCAACGGAUGAUGGAACAUUUUUGAUGAAAGAGGAUCAAUCACUGCAGUUGGUCUUCGACAAGACAUUACAUGUGCGCCAAUUAAAUGUCCUGGAGGAACAUGGCCUGGUAUUGGUGCGUGGCGGUUCAGCAACAAAUCGUGAUGGUCAUCGUAUACAUGUAUUCCGUUUAAGAGAAUUCCAUUUGAAAUCUUCCGAGGAAACGUUAAAGUGUCGCUCGCGUUCGGAGGUGAAGGAGCGACGUAUCGACCGGACACGUGGUUGUCAUUUGUUUUCCUCAUCGCGUGUCAAUGGUGGUCAUUUGCGUUUAGUCGUUGCCGUCGGACGUAAGUUACAGCUGUUCCAGUGGAAACAUACAGCGGCAUGGGCCUCCUGGUGCCCGGAAAAUGACACAGAGACGGCGGAGGGUUUUAUUUUCCAAAAGGAGAUCUCAUUGAAUGAUACACCCACAAUAGUGACGCCGCUGGAGGGGCCAACCAACACGAAGACGGGUGGUUUAAUUUGUGUGGGAUACAAAUACCAUUAUGAAAUUGUCUGUGAUCAAAGUGGAGUUGCCACCCGUCUGCACGAAGUUGAGCCGGCCAAAAGAAGUCAAACCCAACUGACAGCCGCCAUUGAAUUAUGUGAUGGCAUGGAAACAGAGCUCCUGUUAUGCUAUAAUCAUACUUGCCACUUCCAGAAAUUAAAUGAACGCGAUGAAACCCGCAAUGAAUUUGACUUCCAUUGGAAUACAUCACCCACGUCGGUGGUAUGUGCAUUCCCAUAUAUACUCGGCUUUACGGCCGACUCCAUGGAGAUACGUCUAUUAGUCAAUGGCAAUUUGGUGCAUACCGCCAUUUUGCCGGAACUACAGAUGCUCACGUCCAAACGCGACAUUUUCUUUGUUACAACGGCACCCGAAUUUAUGUCAAAAGAUUUGAACAUCAAAGGCCUGCAAAUACAUGAACAAACACCGGAACGCCGGCUGGUUACCACACCCAGUGAGUGCUCCUCCAACGAGGAAUUGACAACACGAGAUUCAACGGAAAUUUUAAGUAUGUCAAGUGUCAAAGAUGCCAUGCCUCUCAAUCCCGAACAUGAAAUGAAUAAUCUACUGGAAAUACCCAAUAUGUUGUCGGCAUCGAACAUGGGUCAGCCCAUACAGAGGGCACGUUCGUUGCAAAAAGCCAGCCACAUUGAUGACAAGCCCGUCAUAGCCAAGAGUAAUUCUUGUGGGGAUGCCUAUGGCAGUGAUCACAAAUAUAAUCCGCUGCGCAACAACUCCAUUGUGGAUCCGCAACAUCAAAUCGGGGUGCCACCCAACUCACCACGCACAAAUACGAAUAACAACAACAGUAAUAGCACAAGUAACCACAACAACAAUAACAACCUUCCCAAAGCGCCAGCUCAACACUCCCCUAUGUCUCCAACCAAACGAAACUCCAAAUAUCGCAACCUUUUCUCUUCAUCGAAUGGUGGCAGUCAAACACCCGAUCACUAUUCCAGUUCUCCGGAUCGUUUGAAACCUUUACGGGUGUAUCGCAUACCUCUGGCCAAGCUGGCGGGAGCCCAUUCUCAUUUCCACAUGCAAUCAUUUAAUGCCACCGCAUCAGGAAAACUCCAACAGCAGCAACACCAAACAUCCCACUUCCAACAACAAAACUACAUUCGUGAUCACCAUCACGCCCUGUCGCAUAAAUCGCGACAGAAAUCAUUCGAUAUUCAAUUGCCGUUACAGACGACGGACAUCCCAGAAUGACAAUUGCAUGAAAUGCCAUCGAAGGACCAAAAUUUCACGGAACAUGUUAUUGGCGGCAGCGGCAGAGAGUGUGACAGCAGCCUGAAUCGCUCGCAUAUACCGCAAUCUUUGGAAUUUAUGGAGAAACGCAAGUCCAUAGAUCUCUACGACUAUGAUGACAAUAAAUUUAAUGAGGAAGACGAACGGCGCUUCGAAAUGUUAAUGUUGCAACGUUAGUUGGCUGUGUGUGUGGGUAUGGUUAAAGAUGAGAGAGGGAGAGUUUUCAAAGAGAACAAGCAGAAUACAAAAAUUCUUUGCAAUAUAUGGCAGCAAUAGUUAAGCUUAUCUCUUGAUUUGAUAUACGGUUUCAAAAUUUAACUUCACAAAUAAUAUUAGUAAGCAAAAUAAGCAGUUGAUUUUGGCCAUAAAUCUAAAAAAAAAACCUUUUAUAUAUAUCUUCUUUUAUUACAACUUUGAUAAGUUUUUAAAGCUUAUUUGAAGAGAAAUUUUGUUCCAUAUUUCCAACUUAGAGUAAAUUUUGAAGUGUGUUGAUUUUAAUGAUAAUAAUAUGGUUCUCCUGGCCAUAACCCUCCAUUUUUAUACUCUACACCACAAGGUGGUCAGGGUGUUAUGUCUUUGUGCAUUUGUUUGUAACAGGCAAAAGGAAACGAGAUAGACCCAUAGUACCUUUUGAUGAUCUGCAUAUAAUCACUUUCUGAGUUGAUUUAUGCAUGUCAGUCCGUCUGUCCAUGUAUUCUUGUGAACAAAAUGCAGGUCGCAUUUAUUAUCCGAUUGAGAUGAAAUUUUCCAAACAACAUUUGUUUGGCCCAAGGACGAACCCUAUUGAAAUUGGAGAUAAUCGGUAAAAAUUUAGAUAUAGCUCCCAUAUAUAUCUUCGUCCGAUUCGACUUUUUUUGUGCAUCAAACGUGCAAUAUCAGCCCGAAUAGUAUGGAAUUUGCACAUACAACCAAAUUAAGCCUGAAAAUAGGUAUGCGAAAUUUGAUCGAAAUCGGUUCAGAUUUAGCUAUAGCUCCCAUAUAUAUUGAUUAUCCGAUUUGUUGUUUUUGUCCUCCGCAGCCGUAAUAUGCACUCUGUAACAAGAAUAUUUGGGGAAAUAUAUCUAAUGCAGCUCAGAAAUACUUUCGCUAAAUUUUAUCGAGAUCGGUUCAGAUUUGGAUAUAGCUCCCAUAUAUAAGUUCGUCCGAUUUACCUUUUAUUGUGCACAAAAUGUCUAAUAUUUGCCCAAAUGGGAUGGAAUUUGGCACAUACGACCGAAUUGAGUCUAGAAGGUAGUAUGCCAAAUUUGGUGAAGAUCGGUUCAGAUAUAGCUAUAGCUUCCAUAUAUAUUGUUCAUCCGAUAUUGUAUUUGUUACCCACAUCGGUAAUAUGCACUCCGUAACAAUGAUAUUCAAGGAAAUAUAUCAAAUACAGCUCAGAAGUAUCUUUGCUAAAUUUUAUCGAGAUCGGUUCAGUUUUGGAUAUAGCUCCCAAAUAUAUCUUUAUCUGAUUUCAAAUUAAUUUUGCACCAAAUGGGGAAUACAAGUCCGAAUUUAAAAGAUACAAAUGCUUCGGCAUAUUUAGUCCUUUGAAUUUUAAAUUAUAAUUAUAAUCAUAGGGUGUAUGAUUGAAUUCUCCCAUAAAAACUUUUAAUUGUUAUGUGGAGCUCAACAAAAUUACCAAAGUGGUGUAGGGUAUCAUAAAAUCGGCCCCGCCAGACUUUAGGACUUUCUUUACUGGUUGUGAAUGACAAUGUGUAAUGUAGUAAUGGUAUUCGAUUUAAAAUAUAUUAGAACUAAAGUUGCUCAAAAACAAGCAAAGACUACUGGGCGGGGUCGACAAUGGGGUACUCUACAACACUAUAAUUUGCUCUAAUGUUUCUGUAGAUCUUAAGCACCUUUGAUUGAAGUGAAAAACCUCUCAUGAUACUACGAUUAAUAAUGGGAUAACUUAAAAUAUCAUCCUAAAUAUCAAGUUUGAAAUUACCAACAAUGUAAUAAAUUGCUAUUUAAAGUCAUUGUUGUCAUUAUUACAUUACUCCGUUCGAAGAUGACCACAAGAUAAUGCCAAAUUCUGUGACAAUUGCCUUAUAUUAUAUAUAAAUGGAGGGUAUUAUAAACAAUUCUAAGACUAUUUAGCCCUGUGCGUCCGUUCGUUGUAAUCACGCUAGAAUCACUGAUCAGUCUUUUGUCUGCAGUCAGGUCAAGUUCGAAGAUCGGCUAUAUCGGUCCACGAAAGCAUACAGCCCCCGUAUAGCGGUAUCCUCGAAUAGUCAGUAUAUUGAUGAUAUUAGUCAUAUGUUUGUCUGAAAUUCUACAAAAGGAUUUCCCUUUGAGUACUUUACCCCAUGGAAGAAAAUUCUCUAUAUAGGUCAACGAUAUCGUACAGCCCCCAUAUAACGGUACCCCUGAUAUUCGGUAUUUUGAUGAUUUUAGCCACAUUUCUCAAUGGAAUGAUCUGAAAAUCCACACAAUGUAUACCUUCUGAGCACUUUACACCCUGGAAGAGAAUUGUCUAUAGAGGUCCACGAUAAGGAAUAUCCUCAAUAUGACGGUACCUCCCUAUAUUCGGUAUAUUACCCACAUUUUUCAAUGAAAAUGUCUGAAAAUCCUGUAAGAGAUUUGUAUAUAUAGGUCUACGAUAUCGUAUAGCUCCCAUACAACGGUAUAUCCCGAUAUUCGAUAUUUUUAUGAAUUUAGUUCGUAAUGGGUUACUUAUGCAAGACCACGUUUUCGUAUAGCCUUCAUAUAAUGAUUUUCCUCCAAGCAGUAUUUUUUGGAAAAUAUUCAAGUUACUUCAAAAUGGUGAAGGGUAUUCAAAGAUCGGCCUGGCCGAACUUACUGAUUUUUUACUUGUUACCACUGAUUCUCAGUAUUACUAACUAUUCGCUGUUGAAUGGAAAGUGUAGAAUAUUUCACACAAAAAAUUUGAUCCAUUUCACUUACUAUAUAUUAGGUGAAAAAAGUUUGAAGGUGUGAGUGUGGUGUGAUCCUAAAAACAAACAAUUUUUGAUAUUUUAGAAAAGCCUUUUUUAAUAUCUGUGACCAUAAAUAUCCUGUUAAAUAGUCUUACCCUUAGUGUGGAUGGCCUAAUAAGUUUGUCAUUCUUUUUGGACCCACUAAAAUACACGAUCCUAUUAUUCCAUGUUUUGAUCAUUUUUGGCUAAAUUUUCCAAUGGAAUUGUGUACAAUUUAGAAUGUGCCCUUCCCAAUGGCCGAUAUUACUUCUGGAAGAAAAUGGUCGGUAUAGGUUCAUAUGAGGAUUUUAACAAAAUUUUCCAACGAUUGGUAAAAUGUUUUACAUGGGUCCACAUUUUCCUAUUGGCCCGAUAUUCGGUAUUUGGAUGGUUUUAGACACUUUUUUCGAUGACAUUUUCUCAUACUUAGCAUUUGCAAUGCAUGUCCAAGUAUAGCCCUCAUAUAAUUUGGUAUUUUAAUGUGUUGAAUUAAAUUUUUUAUAAACGAAAUUUUUGUACAGCAAGUGCUCGAUUGUAGAUAUAACAUAUGCCUCUCAAAUACUUAGUCUCGACACUUAUAGACAACAUAUGUCAAUAAUUGUAUUAAAAGUUCGGCCCGACUGAACUUAAGCCGAUACCGACAUAUCGACUGGGAUGUUUAAGUCAGAGCACAGAUUUGCUCAUUUUUAGUCGGGAGUAAAUCUUGCCCGCAUUCGAACGAGUUGCAUAAGAGUAUAAAGGAGCUUCAUUACUCUCAGCUAUCUUCCUGAGACAUAUCCCUCUUGUGGAAUUUUGAAGUUUUAGCGAGAAUGCGAAAAAUGUUUUAGCGAAAAAUGUUUCUAAUAUAUUUGAAUUGAGUUACGUAACAAUUCAUUUUAGACAGUAUGUUUAAAAAAAAAGACAUUUUCUAUAUAAAAUUUCACAAUAAAUCUCGGAAUAAAGCAAUAUCUGGUCACAACAAUUUUUAAAAAAAUUCCACUCGAAAUUUGUACAUUACAGGUCAAAAUUAGUAGUUUACGUUUUUAAAUGUUAACACGUUUACAUUCCAAGCCAAAAUCUUAGCCUUAAAAACUUUUCGCCUAAGAACCCGAAUCUCCUUUUAUCCACAUGCCGAGUACUUUCCUUGAAACUUUCCCAAAAAAUGAAGUAUUAAUGAAAUACUUCAUUAAAGCCUUGAGCACAUACAAAGGGACCCCAAUAAUUGGAGGUAUUUUUUACAAAAUUUAUUUUGGUCCACUUAUUAGCAUAGCCAUCUUCACAGCUGGGCUUGUGUUGAUAGAAGCAUUGAAAUGUGCCGAGUUUGAAAGUAAUUCUAUUCUCAUUUCGCGUUUUACGAGUUUCAUGGUUAUUCAAAAUUUCGGCCAUUGUAGGGAGGUAGCAGAAAGACCGAACGGAUAUAUCCCUUUUUCGCACCAGAUCUUGUAUUGGUAACAUAUUUGGAUGUAUGAAAGACAAUCGGACUCUUAUUUCAUAAUUUAUAAGAGAUUGUUCCAAAUUUGGACUAUUUGUGGAGGAGGUACUUGAAAUAAAUUUGGGAGGUACCAAAAGGAGUGGAUCGAUAUAGCCCAUCUCCGAAUACGAUCUAAGUUUAAUAAUAAUAUUGCACGUUUAGAUCAAAUAAGCUGCUUCUGUCGAGAGUUGUCGUGCGUACCAGGCAGACAGACGGACAUCCAUAGAUCGACAUCCUGAAACGGAUUUGAUCCGAUGAGACCUAGGGCCGUAACCGUUAUUUCGAUGAGGCACAUUUUGACCGUAUCAAAUAAUAUAUAACCUCUGUAGCCAUAUAGAGUAUAAACAUUGAAAAAUAUGGGAACAUGUCCUCUAGAAUUUAGAUUACUUUGCGUUGUAUACUUUUAAAGUACGAAAAGCGUAUCUUCUAUUUUUAGCUCUAGUCUACUGAAAUUUUCCUGUAGAUAUAUAUGUGUUAUCUGUUUUGGGUAAGUUUACAGAAGCAAUCUGCUUUCUUUUAUCCUUUUUCUUAUAAAUAUGUGUAGAGAUUUACCCAUAUUAUUUAAUAUAUUUCAAAUAAAGACGAUAUAUGGCCAAAAUUAAUAUUUCCAAACACCAAAAAAAAAGUCAGUAAAAUAACAUAUAUGUUGAACAUAUUUACAAUGACGCCAAUAUUUGAACCCGAAAACCUUAAACAAUAAGAUUUUAAUUUGCUUAAGGAAAAACCCAUAGUUUUGGAAAACCACUAAAUGCUAAGGUAACUCGUAACAGCAAUGAAAAGUGCAAACAAAACCAAACAAAAACAAAAAUUGAAACUGUGUUAACUACCGAAUAUUUGCAAAACAAAAAGUACAAUAUUGUGAUGAAGAUGAUAGUGUUAUUGUUGUUGGCAAUGAAAAGAUAAAUAUUUUAUGAAUUGUUAUUGCAAGAGAACAAAACUAAAUGCAAAACUAUAUACCACAUAUGUUUACAAACACACACAAAAAAACAAAAACACACAGAUAAAAUAAACAAGCACACACAGGAAAAUGCUUUAUAAAAUAGAAGAAAAAAAGAAACUCCAACAAAUACAAGGUUUAUUAUUUCUAACCGCAAAGGAUGAAAUAGUAUUAUAAAAUAAAUAAAUAAAUAAAUGUAUCUAACUUUAAAGAGAAAAUAACGCAGCAUUGCAUAUAUUUACAACACAAAUAAAUACAUACAUACAUAUAUAUACAUUUCUAAUAAACUAUUAGUAAAAGUCAAGAAAAGAAACUAUACCUAAACAAAAUAUAUGAAGCCAAUGUUAUAAAUAUUAAAUGUAAAAGUAAGUCAUACAUACAAACAAACAUACAUGCAUACAUGUCUGUCUGUGUCACUUGUCACUCAAUAAAUAAAUCCUUUAUACAUAUUUAUCUACUUGUUUACCUUAAUUGCAAAGAUAUAACUAUAAUUUAUAUCAACUUAAGCAUAUAUGUACUCGUACUAUGUAUUCGUAUGUAUUCAUAUGCGCAUAUUCAUUAGUUGAAUAAAACAAAAAAGAAACUGAAAAAAAUUAAAUUUUAGUGAAAACAUAAAGAAAAUGCCUCUCCAUUACUUUCUAACUUAAACUAUUUGCUGAUACUCAAUAAGUUUACAUACGUACGUACUACUACUUUAUAACUUAAGAUUUUUUGGACAAUGGAAUAUAUUUAAAUUAUUAUUAUUAUUACAUGGAAUUUGAAAAACUAAACUGAAAAAAAUAAGAAAACAAUAGCAAAGAAAAAAAACCAAAACAAAACAAAUUUUGUAGUAGUUUUAUGUAACAUUCUCAUUACAUAUUUAAGAUUUAAAUAAAAAUGAUUUACUCUACUCA